AUGUCUCUACGACUAUCUACCGUGACACCUCUAUGCCGUAGCCUUGACAAAGUCGCCAGUCCUCGACUUGUGGCUUUUUCUUUCACACGAAACUACUCUGUGGCAAAUUUGACGUGCCAACAAUCGCCAACAAGGGCCUUGAACCUUCACAAGACAAAGUUUUCGCGACAACCAUUUCAAGACAGUUGCACUCGUCCUAAAGUUACAACCACUCGCAACACCGUCCAGAUGCAACAACCAUAUAGCACCCAGCCGUCCAAAGUCGGCGGUGAACCGAUAAUUCAUGAUAUUUUUGAGAGCAACACAGGAACGUGGCAAUAUAUUGUUGCCGAUCCAUCGACUUUGAAGGCCAUUAUCAUCGACCCAGUGUUGGACUACGACGCAUCCACACAAACCAUCAAUACGCACUCUGCGGACGCCUUAAUCUCACUCACCAAGAAGAACAACUACAUGGUCGAUAUGAUUCUUGAGACACACGUCCAUGCAGAUCAUAUCACCGCAGCGUCCUAUUUGCAAAAUCGGCUAGCAAAGGAUCAGGGCCUGAAGCCACGCAUUGGAAUUGGAAAGCGGAUCGGACAAGUGCAAGAGAGGUUUGCACAGAGAUACGGAGUUCCACCCGAAGAAUACCAGGAUGUAUAUGACAUUCUGUUUUAUGACGAUGAGAUAUUCAAAAUUGGUGACUUGUCAGUCAAGGCUAUUCACCUUCCUGGCCAUACCCCCGACCACCUAGGUUAUAAGAUUGGAGAUAACGUAUUUUGCGGAGACUCACUGUUCCAUGUGGACAUCGGCACUGCCCGAUGCGACUUUCCUGGCGGCAGUGCCAAUAAUCUCUACAAUUCCGGACGAAAGCUCCUGGAACUCGGAGAGCAUGUGAAGAUAUGGACAGGCCACGACUAUCCCCCCGCGGAGCGCGAGAAGCCGGUGCCUUGGGUAAGCGUGCGGGACCACAAGCAGAAAAAUGCACAUAUUAAGGACGGCAUAACGGAACAAGACUUUGUGGCUCUGCGCACAGAACGGGAUGCCAAAUUAGCAGCUCCUCGAUUACUCCAUCAGUCUUUGCAGAUGAAUAUCCGGGCCGGUCGACUUCCAAAGACGACGGAUGAAAGGUUUCGCAUGCUCCAUUUGCCACUGAAGCUGAAUGGCGUCGAGUGGUAG